AUGGCCAGUUACUCUAGCGGGAAAGAGCAGGCGUUCAAACGUCUCCUUCGUGCCACGGGCGUGAAUCCAGGAAAUGCGUUUUUCCCCUCCCGUUGUUGCAACCGUGCAUGUGGAGGAGAGUUGAAUGUUGCCGAUGCGUGGUGCAACUACUCGGUGAGUUCUCGUGAAACUCUGGCGACAUGUGAGGUGGAGACGGCGCACCACUUUGGGCCACACUCUCCUGCACUUCUCUGUGUGAGGGUUCGUCCUGCGACGCCAGGGCGUGCGUUCCCUACUUCUUGUGUCAUCAGCCUUUCGACAAGCUCGCAGCGGAUGGAUGAGCUCGCCAUUCAGGAUGUCGUCUUGAAGGAAUGGCGGAUGGACCCUGUUAGGCAUCUGGACGCCGAGCUGAUGGAAACGACAAUUGCCGUGAAGACCAUCUACCACAUCGCCUCUCUUCUAGGCAAGGAACCCAUCUUUGGAACGCGUGUAUUUCUGACAUUCCGUUUUCUCGGAUGCUGCGACACGUCGAAUACACACCGCAUUGCUGCUGUGGAGCUGUUCUACACGUCGCUGCGACCACUUGGAGCGAUGACGGCGUCACCGCAUGCCCUACACGACGAGAACACUUUCGCCCCCGUGGAGGUGGAGCUAACACUCAGUCCUACGCCUCUCCAAAUGGGGUCCGAGUUCUCUGACGAGAGAGCCUCGACCAGGUUUUCAUCCUACUCACCCUUAAACGUGAGGCAUCCCGUGAAGAGGAUAUUUGUGGUUGACACAAACAAGUCGGCCGUCGUCGAGGAUGUUGUGCCGCCGCCACCGACACCGCCAUCAGUCCGAGCCCAACGCGGUGCAUUUAUUACCGCCGGCGGUGUUGCCAAUGACCAAGCAGAGGAUGGAGGUGGCUCUCAUGCGAGCAGCGAGGAUUCUCUUUUGACAGCCUACCGCCUGCAGAGCACGUCCAGCUCGCCGCGACGUCGAUCUGUUACGCAGCCCUGUCGCACCAUUUUUGUAGACAUUGAUAAAGAAGAAGAAGAGAGUGAGGCGUCGGAUGAAUUUAUCGAGGUGCCAACAUCUCCUUGCACGACACUUUCCACAUCUUUUCAUCGGAGUGGUGGACUUUUUAAAUCGUCGCAGAGGCCGGUCACUGAUGCAACUGUUACUCCUCCUUCACCUGUGUUGUCCGUGUCACUCAGUCGUUUGUACCGUGAUGAAGACAACGCGCCUAAAAGGGAAGCUCCUACAAUACCACAUUCCACAAAUUUUGAAGAAGGUCUCUCUUUCCAGCUUCUACGCGAGUGCCAGCAUCGCGAUGUAAACAUGAGGAAUCCGGAUUGCGUACCGGUUGCAGUUAAAGAGUUAGUCGCACCACAUUGCCGCGCCGCUUUUGUCGUACCGGACCGACGAGACUUUGUCCCCGUGAGUCUUCUGCAGCAGCAAAAACAACAGGCGGGCCAGCGAAAUUCUUACACGCGGGUUGUUCCCAUGCCUUGGGGAGAGCGAGACACAUCGCCUGCCCUUGCGUGUUAUGGCAUUAAAGGAAAUAUGGCUGCGGUGGCAAAAAACAGGAAGUGCAUCCGGAAUUUGCAGACUGUCCCUGUCUAUGAAGAAGAGCACGAUCUGCUGAAGACUGUUACUGAUCUUCUUGGGCUGGAGCGUGAAACUCUGUGCCGGGGAUCAUCGUCACGCUGUAACUCCACUACAACUGGUCGACUCUUACCGACGCAAUCUAACGCCUGUUCACGGCAGCUAAGUCCUUCACCGCGAUGCGGCAAAGGGUCAAUGGAGGAGGCGACGCAAAAAAUCGACUCUCUAAAGGUCAUGGAGCCGACCCCUGCAGAGAAGGAAAACGCAGCUGUACCAGUCGUGGAAAAAUCUCCGAUAACUCGAGGGAUGUUGCAAACCUCUUCAAGAUUUUCAAUUAAUCCUGCCGCCUCGGUAGCUAAUGCCUUGCACGUGGCGCGGCGGAAAGCAUUAGCAGCAGAGAAGCCGAAGGUCUUUCAAUCACUCCCAAAGGAGGGCUGCACUCAGCCACUUGAUUCGUCAGCAGAGGAAAAGGCGAAACUUGGGAAGCCUGGGGAAGCGUCUUGUACCAUGCGGCAGCCAUUGGCAGAUCGCACUUCGGAUCUUAAUCUCUGUCGAAAGGAAGAGAAGGCUGCAGCGAGAGGAGAUACACCACGAGAGCCACAACCUCUACUGGAUUCCAAACUUGUUUCCCACGACACAAGUAUUCCAUCGUCGGAAGAGUCAGAUGAGCCUUCUCUUCUUGUUCAGGUGGAGCAUCCAGCCUUACCCCGCCCAGUAAUGUGCUGGGGGGGUAGUAUAGGCAUUGACCCUUGUGAGGGCACAACAGAAUUGGCCGUCACGAGUCCAUACAUUGGCACAUUUCUUGUUUGGAAACACCAUUUCUCCCGAAAUGGAACGGCGAAGCGAAUACUUACCUUGUUACGUGAGGGGGAUGCCGUGGUGGUUACUCUUAAGAAAUUGGAUCAACGGAAAAAAAUAUCACAGACGACCUUGCGAGAGAAAGUUGAUGUCAUCACCGGCCUUCAAGCAUAUCAUAGCAAUGCCAUUCACAAGGAUCACGUUCACGUGGCAGAGUGUUGUUUGGUGGUGACCCGCGGCGGGCAGCAGGUGGCGGCUGUUGAGAUGCAGUCUAUAAGCGAGUUGCGUCUGGCUGUCCAGAUUCUGGUUUCCGCUUCUAAACAAGGUUCUACUUGA